AUGAAGUCCGACAAGAAGAAGGGGGGUUUGGCCCCCGCUCGCAUCACCGACGCCCGAUUCAGCAACUUUGAGACGGAUCCGCGAUUUCGUUUACCCUCGAAAAAGAAUGCAAAGACGAAGCUCGACAAGCGUUUUGCGGGCAUGCUCGACGACGAAGACUUCAUAGCUACCUCUCGCGUCGAUCGAUAUGGCCGCAAGGUGAAAUCUGACUCCAAGAAGAAAGCUUUGCAGCGUCUGUACGAAGCGGAAGGCGACGAUGACGACGAGGGCGAGGGUAGCAGCAACGCUGAAAUCGAGGUCGACGACGACGAUGUUGUUGAAAAGGAACUGCUUGCUGUAAAGGAGCGCGACUCCCGCGCCAACUACGAUCCCGCUCGUGGUGGCGGUUUUUCCUCUUCCGAAGACGAGGAUUCGUCUGACGAGGACGAUUCGGACGAUGAAGAUGGCGGUGCAGAACUCGCCACUGAAGGCGACAUGCAGAGGCUUCAAGACGAGCAGGCCGAUGUCGAGACUGGUGAAGUCUCGAAACGUAUAGCUAUUGUCAACCUUGACUGGGACAACGUCAACUCAACGCAUCUGUUCGCUCUCUUCAGCAGCUUCAUUGGCGAAAGCCCAGGACGCAUUACCAAGGUGUCUGUAUAUCCCAGUGAAUUUGGCAAGGAUCGCAUGCAAAGAGAGGAGGUCGAGGGCCCGCCCAAGGAACUUUUUAAAGAAAGCAAGGACGAUUCAGACAGCGAGGAGGAGGAGGACUCCGACGAAGAGGACGAGCGAAUCAAGAAGAAGCUUAUUGAAGAGGGAGACGACCAAGAUUUCGACAGCGACGCCCUACGAAAAUAUCAACUCGACCGCUUGCGGUACUACUACGCCGUUAUGGAGUGCUCAGACGAAAAGAUUGCACAAAAGAUCUAUGAGGCUACCGACGGAACAGAAUACCAGUCCUCCUCCAACUUUCUCGACCUUCGGUUCGUACCAGACGAGGUCGAGUUCGACGAUGAGCCUCGCGACGAGUGCACCAAACUGCCCGACUCGUACAAGCCCGUCGAGUUCGUGACAACAGCCUUGCAGAGCUCCAAGGUCAAGCUCACAUGGGAUCUGCACCCCGAAGAAGCGUCACGCAAAGACUCGAUCAAGCGUGCCUUCACCGGUAGCCGGGCAGAUUUCCAGGAGAACGACCUCCGCGCAUACCUGGCCAGCGACACGGAAGGCUCCGAUGACGAAGGUGACAACCAGAUCGCCACCUUUGGCGGAGAGGACGGUGGCGACGGCGGCGAGGCUGACGAGGAGAAGCCCAAGCUGUCGAAGAAGGAGCUCGCGCGCCAAAAGAUGCGCGCGGCGCUCGGCCUGGGCGAGCAGCCGGAGCCCAAGGUUGCCAAGCGCGGCCCCGUCGGCGAGAUGCAAAUCACCUUCACGCCCGCCCUCUCCGAGGCCAAGGCCAAGAAGCCCGCCGCGGGCGAGGAGGAGACGACGAUUGAAAAGUACCAGCGCAAGGAGCGCGAACGCAAAGAGCGCAAGCGUGAGGCCGCGCGUGCCCGCCGCGCCGCCGCCAACGGCGAGACCGCAAAGGAUGCCGCUGACGACGACAACGAAGCGGGCGGCGAGACCGGAGAUCUCGGCUUCGACGACCCCUUCUUCACCGACGCCACGCCGGCCGCGCCCGAGGAGGACCUCGGCUUCGACGACCCCUUCUUCGCCGACGCCGCCGGCGCCAGCGAAAAGCAGCGCCCCUCCAAGUCGUCCAUCCGCAAGGCCGAGCGCCUCCAGAAGCGCGAAGCGCGCCUCGCCGCCGAAAAGGCCGACGCUGUAGAACGCGCGCACCUCGCCGAGGUCAUGGCCACCGGCGGCACCGGCGCCGACGGCGCGGAUCACCUCGACCACUUCGACAUGCGGGACAUUCUGCGCGCCGAGAAGCAGCAGCGCAAGCAAAGCAAGGCCAAGGGAAAGGGCAAGAAGAAGGCCGCGGCGGAGGAGGAGAAGAGGAACGGCGGGGCGGCGCUGCAGAAGGGCUUCGAGAUGGACGUGGCGGACCCGCGCUUCCAGGCCGUCUUCGAGGACCACGAGUACGCGAUCGACCCGUCGCACCCGCGGUUCACGGGCUCCGAGAGCAUGAAGAAGGUGCUGGAGGAGGGUCGCCGCAAGAGGCGCACGCAGGACGGCGAGGAGACGCGCAGCAGCAAAAAGGCAAAGUCGAGGCGUUAG